AAGGCAGCUCUUGUAGCAUGAUUCUCUCUACCCGAUCAAAUAAGCACUCAUUCCCUGAAAGUGACACUUCUAUGGAGCAUUGGGCCAGCCAGCAGAGCGUGCUGAACAAAGCCACGAGAAAGGAGAGGGAAAGAAAGAGAGAGAGAGACAGAGAGAGAGAGAGAGAGAGAGAGUGGAGCUUCUGGGAAAGAAAUGUCUCUCGCUGACUCUGUCGCCUCGACAACCGGAUAUCGGCGCAUGGAGUAGAUGAAGCUGCAGAGGUCAAGUUCAGCUUUAUAAAAGUGGACCGGUCAGGCCUGAACGCUCCACCUGUGAUUCUUGUCUGAUCAGCCUCAGGUGCCAGCAUGGAUGUGGAGGACGAGGCGCUGCUGUUUCGCACCAGCUGGGGUGAUGAUGAGGAGGAAGAGGAGGAGGAGGAGGAGGAUGGAGUGGCGCACGCUGCGGGGCAUGGCUGCUUCUCGGGGACUGUAGGAGUAUGUGGGCUGUGGAGGGGAGUGGGGUGGGUCUACACACAACCCUGGGCCAGCGGGGUGGUCUUAGGUGUGGCCUUCCUCAUGCCCUGCGCCCUGUUUGCCUACAUGCUGCUCUACUGCCCUCCCCUGGACAUAGACCUCUCCUACAGUGCCUUUGAGGUUCACAGUCACUUCUCAGCCGAACGCUUUGACGCUCUCACCAUCGCUGUGAAGUCUCAGCUGGGGUCCUGGGACAGGCGCAGGCGGGACGUCGAUGACAUGGAGUCUGAGGAACUCCAGGAGCUUCUCCAGGAGAAGCUGGCGGAGAGGGGAGUUUUCAACUGGACAGUGGGGAAGGAAGUGAAGUCCUCCUUUCAAACAGGCAGCACUUUCAAAACAGAAGACGUCAGAGGAACAAGAACUGAGCCCGACUCAAGACAGGAAGGGGUGAGGAGGGACAAGAGUCCUGGAGGUGAAGAGGAGCAGGGAUUAUGGGACGGAAACUCUUCCCUUCCACUCAUUAGGAAGCGCAGAUUUGCUCCUAAUUACUACAUGCAGAGCCAGGCUCUGUGGAGGAUCGAGCUGGUGUUUGUGGCUCAGGGGAAAGGGGAGCGCAACAUCUUCACUCCGGAGCGCCUGGAGACGAUCCACCGUGUAGAACGACUCAUCAUGCAGCAUCCGCAGUUUCAUCAGUUCUGCUGGAAACCUAUGGAGAUUUUAAGGGAUCUGCCUCUGGGGCCGUCCUAUUGCUCCCCACCCAGCUCUCUUCUGUCUUACCUCUACCCCAGUGAGAGAGCGGGGAAGAUAUACUACGAUGGCAUGGGCCCAGAUCUGGCUGAUAUUCAAGGUUCCUUAAGUCUGGCCAUCACCCACCCACAGUUCUACUGGUACGUGGAUGAAAGUCUGUCCCCGGAGCGUCUCUCCUCGGCUCUCCUGCGCAGCGAGAUCCACUUCGGGGCUCCCCUGCCGUCUUACUACUCCCUACAGGACCGAGCAGACGAGCAGAGAGCUCGCUUCAAAAACUUUGUGGUUCAGUAUGCAGGCAUGCUGGCCAAGCAGUCUACCAGUGAAGUGAAGGUGCUGUACGGGGGGACGGAGCUGUUUGAUGAUGAAGUCAGACACACCUUUUACAAUGAUAUGAUGUUGGCUGUCAUCAGCGGAGUCUGCAUCACUGCGCUCGUCUAUAUCCUCACCUCGUUUUCUGUCUUUCUGACGUUCUUUGGACUUGCCGCCAUUGGGCAGAGCUGCUUGAUGGCUCUGUUUUUGUACCACGUUGUCUUCGGGGUGAGGUACCUGGGCAUUCUCAACGGAGUCGCAGCGUUUGUCAUAAUUGGGAUUGGGGUGGAUGAUGUGUUUGUGUUCAUCAGCACCUUCAGACAGGCCUCCCACCUCCGUCGGCCCCGGGAGCGAAUGAUCUACACAGUAAAAACGGCCGGCCGGGCGACGUUCCUCACCUCCUUCACGACCGCGGCCGCCUACGCCGCGAACACCUUCUCUCAGAUCCCAGCCGUGCAUGACUUUGGCCUAUUCAUGGCCCUCAUUGUCAGCUGCGCCUGGCUUUGGGUGUCUGUCGUGAUGCCAGCAGCCCUGUGUGUCUGGACCCGGCAUGUGGAGCCUCACGAACACGACUGGAUAAACUGCGUGAAGCUGCUUUUGGGCUUGUCAGCGAGCUACAGCCCUCUGUCAGAUGAGGAUGAUGAUGUGGCACUUCUGUCGGUGGACAUGGAGCCAGGCUCCUGUGACUCAGACAGCGACGGAGCCAUUCUUUCCCUGACAGUGGAUACACCAUUAUCCCCCGCCGGACAGCAUCAGAUGGGUGUGGUGAGCACAAACCUCCAGUGGUGCCUGAAGCACUUAGUGGCUGAGCCGGCUGUGAAGCAUCGAAAAGCAGUUUUAGGUGUCUUUCUCCUGGUUCUGGUCUUCUCUGCGGGCUGCUGCUGCCUCCUGAGGCCGGCCACCCACGCCCCCCUCCUAUUCCGACAGGAAACAAACCUGCAGACGCUGCUGGCUCUGCGCAGCAACCUGAGUGGUCAGGGCAUCUCCUGCCCCACCUGCUCAGGAGUGUUCAUGGAAAAACCACAUCUGCUGUACACGCAUACUUCCUCGUCAGGGUUGAGGUUUUCCACACAUCAGCAAAGUCAAAGCACGACAGCUUCGACUGUCUCCCAAACGACCAUGAAAACAAGCCCAAGCACCAACAACACAGACUCCUUGCUGACUGUGUACAUGUCGAAGUUGGCCCAAGGAGGCUCCACAACAAUCUACAGGUUCUCGCUCAACACCAGCAUCCCGUCGCCGUGGAAAGUGUGCAGCGCGGAGCGCGACGAGGUGUCGUCGUUCCAGGCUUUUAGUCAUCCCCAGAAAAAUUACACCAGCAGAAUGACGGUGUGCGUUUCCCGAGAGUAUCGCCCCUACCCCAGCUGGAUGAUCACGUCCGGCUUGUGCGAUCCCCGCCACGGCUGGACCCAGGAGUUUUCCUUCUACGUUGCAGCGUCGCCGCAACAGAAUAGCAGGAGGCUGUAUUUUGCUCAGUGCCAUCAGAGACCUCAUCCCAGCAGGCUGUGUGUCAAAACACCAGGUUGUGGCUUCAGUUCUGGGCCUGACGGACCUUUAAAGGGAUCUUUUUAUACCCCUCUCCCCAUCGAUUCCUCAUCCGCUGCCAAGACAAAAGCAUCCAAGACGUCUGGCUUCAACCCGUGCAGCGGCGGCACUUGUGGUCGCCCAGCUGUGCGCCCUCUGGUUGACACCGGGGCCAUGGUUUUCGUCGUGUUCGGGAUCCUGGGAGUCAAUCGAAGCGAGAACAGGGAAAACCAUGUAAUUGGAGACAUGGGCAGCGUUAUCCUGGAUCCAGACUUUGAUAUUUUCAAGGAAAUGGGCCAUCUCUGCACAAUCUGCAAAGCUGUUGGUGGGAACAGAAAACUGGUGAAGCCGGGAGGAGCUCAGUGUUUGCCUUCAGGCAACAAGCUCUCCUCAGUUCUUCCUCUGCUCCAUCCUGAGUGCCACUCCCUCCCCGAACCCAAUCUCCUCCCGGGCCAGCUCUCCCAUGGCGCAGUGGGAAUGCACGGCGGCAAGGUCCGUUGGUUGUCCAUGGCCUUUGAAUCUACCACAUACAAGGGGAAAUCGUCCUUUCAGACCUACUCAGAUUUCCUCCAGUGGGAGAACUUCAUCCAGGAGCAGCUUGCCAGCCUCCCACAGACUUCGGCUCUCCAACGUGGUUUCCAGACAUGCGAGCACUGGAAGCAGAUCUUUAUGGAAAUUAUAGGUGUGGAGAGUGCCCUCUGGAGUCUCCUCCUCUCUCUAGCGAUCUGUGUGGCCGCCGUGUCUGUGUUUACGGCGCAUCCUCUGCUGCUGCUGCCGGUGCUCAUAACAAUUAUAGGAGUUAUCUGUCUGGUUGUGGCUGUCAUGUAUUGGCUGGGUUGGGAGAUGGGAGCAGUGGAAGCGAUUUCUCUGUCAAUACUUGUCGGAUCUUCGGUGGAUUACUGUCUGCACCUGGUGGAGGGCUACCUGCUGGCUGGCGAGACGGCUUCCCUGCUGCCUGGACACAACUCUGAGCCGUCAGCCGAGAGGCAGAGGCGAACUUUGGAGGCAGUGAACCAUGUGGGCGUUGCCAUAGUGUCCAGCGCCGUCACCACAGCAAUCUCCACCGUCCCUCUUUUCUUCUGCGUCAUUGUGCCUUUCGCCAAGUUCGGUCAGAUCGUGGCCAUCAACACGGCCGUCUCCAUUUUGUUCACCUUGUCUGUGACUUCUGCCUUGCUGGCCUGCAUGGCCCCGGCCCGCUUCAGCAGACACGCCGGCGCUGUGCUGAAGGCCAGCCUGGCUGUGACGGCAGCGGCGGCCUUGGUGGGGGCUCUGUGCUGGACGGGCCGGCAGCUGGGGGCAGCGGCCUGGCGGUCCCUCAGCACAUGAACUCACUGUUGUCCUCGACUCACACUGAUGUCAGACAAGAGUAAUGUAUUUUCCUUUUACCUUCAGGAGAAAUAUCAGAUCGGUAAGCGAUCUUUAAAGCACAAAGAUGUCAACACUGUCUCAGUAAUUGAAAGGAAUUUGUUUUUUAAGAACAGAUUUAUUUUACUUGUGAUAGUCAGUGAGUUUGACGUGCAGGGGAACAAUCCGUCACCUGCUGAGUAUCUUCUUGUAACUACGUGACUCGGUUCUGUUCUGCCUGUGAGUUGACAUGAUAACUAGGUUAAGGUACUGUGCUGUCUUUUAUUUUCACAACCUCUUACUUCAGCGUAACUUAGCGGGAUUUUAUAUGACUGACCGACACAAAGUCGCACAUAAUUGUGCUGUGGAAGAAAAACUAUACAUGCUUUGCAAAUCUAAACCUGGAUUAUGUCUCAUUCAGGUUAGAUGGAGAAGUAAAACAAAAGUAAUCUGAAUCUUUUUAGUUUGUGCAACUAAUAGGAAUCCUCAGCAUAUUCUCCCAUUGUUGGUCCUCUGACUGGAUCUGUUGGUUUGCUGUAAAGACAUACUCGUAAUUUUUAUUCAAGAUGUUAAAAUAUAUGUAGAUGCGUUACUACUUUUAAAAUUACACACCGGUGAACUCUUAGUAAUUUGGCUGCUCUGUAUUCUACUUACAGGUGUUAAACAAAAUUAGUCUGACCCCCCUUUGUAGGUCCCCUGCUCAGAUUUGCAUUCAUAAAAAUAUUGAAAAACCACAUAUCCAGCUUCAAAAUGAUGUACUGCUUUGAAUUGAUCUAUUAUAUAAAAUCCCAAUAAAACACACUGGAGUGGUUUGUGUUUGUAACAAAGUGCAGGGAAGUUUAAGAGGUUGGAUUAUUUUUGCAAGACACAAUGUUUUGUUCGGUUCUAUCUUCAGCUUUGAAUAAUUCCUGGAAAAUGUUCUUGCUUUACGUUGUUGAGUCGUGAAGAGUUGCCGACGGGUUUAAUAACACAGCGUCUGACUGUCGUGUUGGCGGUUCACAGGACUUUAUGGUCUUCUGUGAAACGUCCUGAUUUUUUGCUUAAUGCCGCGUCUUCUCUCGGAAAGCUUUUACUACGUCCAUCUGCAGCUGGGCGAACAGAUGUAUUAACAGAAUUUAUACUGUUUGGUAAAACGUGUUGUGUGAUGUAAAUGUUGUUCUGAACUGAACCUUUGGAAGCUGCCAGCACACCUGUGCAUGUGAAUACUGUCGAGUUAUUUUUAUGUGAUCAGAUCUUUAACUGCUUUAAGGUUUUUGUAACAACAACAACAAAUGGAAAGAAUCCUCUCUUCCCGUCCUCAGGUGUACACUCCAUCACAUUUUAAAAGCACUCGGUGUAAAAGUCUCCUGUCCUCGCAGCAAAGAGCACCUCUCCAACACCAAUCAGCUGCAGCAACACGCUGCCCUGCAGUGAAGGUGAGGACCAUUUGUCAAACCAUAUAACACGAUAAUGGUGAGGGAGAGGAACCCACUCACUCAUGGCAAGAGUGGUACGUUUCUGGGAUUUUGUGUGUGUGUGUGUGUGUGUGUGUGUUACACUUGUGAAUGUCAAAUAAAGCAGGUGCAGAAA